UUUGUUAUUUACAAUAAUCGUGACUUUGCAGGUAGUGAGCUGCAGUGCCCAGACUUCUGUCCAGACCAUUAUGACCCAGUCUGUGGUUCUGACCAAGUUACGUACGACAACGACUGCAGGUUACGUAGUGUUGCUUGUACUAACAGACAACUGAAGAAGGUACAUGAUGGCCCUUGCAUGAUAAAGACUCAGUGUCUGGAACUGUGUUUUGCCACGUUCGAUCCAGUGUGUGGCACCGAUGGCAAGACCUACAUCAAUUCCUGCUACCUGGAAGCUGAGACUUGCAAGAACCCUCACCUAAAUCUGCGUGUUGACUUUAAUGGUCAAUGUG